AUGGACGCCUACGAGUUGUUUCGAAAACUGGGAGCCGGAGCUAAAUUUGACCUUAAAAGAUUCGGCCAGGAUGCUUCUCGCUUCAGGGUUGUCAGGACGCAUGUGGGAGAUGCGUCGUCAGACGCGCUCUCUACGAUUGAUUACUUCGGUUCAGGCCUGACGAGUGGAGCCCAGAGCGCGACUAAGCCUCGAGAAGAGGAGAACGAGGAGGAAGGAGCGGAGAGUGGCACUGUGACCCCAAAAAGAAAACGAAAGGAUGAGGAGAGGAAUGUGAAGAAGAAAAAGACAACAAACAAGCAUACAGGCGGUGUGGAAGGACAGGACAAUACAAAACGGGGCGGAAUCACCUGGACUUCUGCACUGGAAGGGAAAAUCGAUAAUCUUCCGGGUGAUGGGAAGGCAGAGAAGUCACUAAAAAGGCAGAAACAGCUUCAUCAGGAGAAGGUGAACCGCAUUCGCGCUCGUCACCACAUCCACGUUCAUGGCAGCGAUGUGCCGGACCCUGCGUGCACUUUUGAGGAACUGCAGUCAGAGUACAAGCUAGACCCACGCAUCCUUCAGAACUUGCUUGAGGCUGGCCUGAGCGUGCCCACUCCCAUUCAGAUGCAGGCCAUCCCACUCAUGAUGCAAGGUCGAGAGCUGCUGGCGUGUGCUCCGACAGGUUCGGGCAAGACGUUGGCCUUUUGCCUCCCGCUUCUCGCUCACCUCCGGCGGCCGGCUAAACUCGGCUUCAGGGCUGUGGUAAUUUCCCCAACCAGAGAACUCGCCAGUCAGACCUACAGAGAGAUGCUGCGCUUGUCCGAGGGUAUCGGUCUACGGAUUCACAUCCUGAACAAAGCGGCUGUUGCGACUAACAAAUUUGGGCCGCAGUCCAACAAAAAAUAUGACGUCCUCAUCAGUACUCCCAAUCGACUUGUCUUCAUGCUCAAACAAGACCCUCCUGCCAUUGACCUCAGCAGCGUGGAGUGGCUAGUCGUGGACGAAUCGGACAAGCUGUUCGAGGACGGCAAGACGGGCUUCAGGGAUCAGCUGGCAGUCAUCUUCCUGGCGUGCUCCAACGCCAAAGCGCGCCGGGCAUUUUUCAGCGCCACCUGCACACAGGACGUGGAAAAGUGGUGCCGACUCAACCUCGAUAACCUCGUCUCUGUCAACAUCGGCCACAGGAACACGGCGGUGGAUUCCGUGGAGCAGGAGUUGCUGUUUGUCGGCACAGAGAACGGCAAGAUGGUGGCGGUGCGGGACAUCAUCAAGAAGGGUUUCCUGCCUCCCGUGCUGGUGUUCGUUCAGUCCAUUGAGAGAGCGCGAGAGCUUUUCCACGAGCUCGUCUACGAGGGCAUCAACGUAGAUGUCAUCCACGCCGAGCGAACACAGCAGCAGAGGGACAACGUCGUUGAGAGUUUCCGUUGCGGAAAGAUCUGGGUGCUGAUCUGCACGGCGCUGCUGGCGCGAGGUAUCGACUUCAAAGGCGUCAACCUGGUGAUCAACUACGAUUUCCCCACCAGCGCCGUCGAAUACAUUCAUAGGAUAGGUCGUACGGGCCGAGCUGGACAUCGAGGGAAAGCCAUCACAUUCUUUACAGAGAACGACAAACCGCUGCUACGAAGCAUCGCCAACGUCAUCAAACAAGCCGGCUGUCCCGUACCAGACUACAUGGUGGGCUUCAAGAAAAUGCACAGCAAAGUAAAGAGGAGACUAGAGAAGAAGCCUCCCAGUAGGAGCACCAUUUGCACCACGCCACGUUUUCUCAUGAAGAAAAAGCCCUCAAAAGUUCAGAAAAAGCCAAGUGGGAAAAAUGCUGAAAAACGUGGGAAAAAAACAGCAAAUUCUUUGAAAAAACAAGUCAGGAAAAAGAACAAGCCACAAGAAAAGUAG